GUCCAACUCGAUCGGGCACAUAUAUAAAGAGGUUGUCUUUCUUUCUUUGCUUCGGAGCUACCCCAGCUUCUUCAUCUCAUUCUCUACAUUUCUCUCUACUACUCUCUUCCCUGCCUAAACUUGUUCCUGGCUUAGCUAGCUAUGGAAAACAAGUCGACUAUGAAUGCAAGCCUUCUGUUCUUCUCUGCUCUGUUUCUUGUACUUGUAAGCUGCUGCAGCUUAUCCUCUUGUGCAGCAGAUGCAGAUCAUGAGCUACGACGGCUGCAACACGCUUCCGCCAAAGCCGACGGAUCUUUGAGCUUCUUGGUCGUUGGAGACUGGGGAAGAAGAGGAACUUACAAUCAAUCCCGAGUUGCUCUUCAGAUGGGAGUAGUUGGAGAGAAGUUGGAUAUCGAUUUUGUAAUAUCCACCGGCGAUAACUUUUACGAUGAUGGAUUGACGGGCAUCGACGAUCCGGCCUUUGAAGAGUCGUUUUCCAAGAUCUACACAGCUCCUAGCUUGCAAAAGCAAUGGUACAAUGUUUUGGGUAAUCAUGAUUAUAGGGGUAAUGUUCAGGCCCAAUUAAGUCCUGUCCUGACUGGAUUGGAUGGCAGAUGGCUUUCCAUGAGAUCCUUCAUAGUUGAUGCAGAAAUUGCAGAGUUUUUCUUCGUGGACACAACUCCCUUUGCAGACAAAUACUUCACUGACCCAGAGGACCAUGUCUACGACUGGAGUGGCAUAUUACCCAGAAAUGAGUACCUCUCAAAUAUUCUCAAGGAUGUGGAUUCAGCGCUAAAAGAAUCGAACACGAAGUGGAAGAUCGUGGUCGGUCACCAUGGAAUUAGAAGUGCUGGACAACAUGGUGACACUGCAGAGCUUGUAUCACAGCUUCUCCCAAUUCUUGAGGCCAACGAUGUUGAUCUUUACAUCAAUGGGCACGACCAUUGCUUACAACACAUUAGUACUCCCAACAGCCCGAUUCAAUUUCUAACGAGUGGUGGUGGAUCGAAGGCAUGGAGGGGCGUUGUAAUGCCGUACGAUCCAAGUGAAAUAAAGCUGUAUUACGACGGACAGGGUUUCAUGUCGGUGCAAAUCACUCCAAGCCAAGUAGAUAUUGCAUUCUAUGAUGUUUUUGGUAAUGUGUUGCACAAAUGGGGCACAUCAAAGGACCUUUACUCUACUACCAUGUAUAUGUAGAGAUGGAGGUCAAGCAAGUGAGCAUUGUAUAUUCUAAUAAGGAUGGUAGAAGGAUCGGAGGCCCCCAUGGCAGGGAUUGAUUUCUAUAUAUCCCGGAAAGUCUUAAAUAUCAUUUUUAAGGGGCCAAGCUAGAAAAUGUAAUUUCUGAUUCCAAUUUCCAUAAUCUAUAUAAUCUUCCCUACGAAUUCUGCUCAA